AUCAGCUUCUCCAGUGGCUGAGGCUUUAUGUGGCUGUCAGCUUCAGGUGGCUUGACUUCACCACAGCUGCCACACACCACCGAUGUGCUAAUGUUGACAGUACCUCACCGCAGUGUCCUGAGAGCUGGGGAGAGGACUUCACGGCAGUGCUGAGGAGUCAGGCCCUGGAGCUGGUCCUUCACUUGCAAAGCAUGACUGCAGACCCAGCUCCCUGGAGACAAACCCCUGGCCAGUGCUUUCAGAAUCCAGAAUUAUAUUUCCGUUUUCACCUAGAGGCCUGGCCGCAUCUUGUUACCCAGCAGGCGACGUUUGGAUGGCAAAGCAUGCGAAUAUUCCCAGAAAAGCAUUACAAGUCAGGAGACCACUGAACGCAGCUCCGAGAUGUCCACUCCAGACCCACCCCUGGGCGGCACUCCUCGGCCGGGGCCUUCCCCGGGCCCAGGCCCCUCCCCUGGGGCCAUGUUGGGCCCCAGCCCUGGUCCCUCUCCUGGCUCUGCCCACAGCAUGAUGGGGCCCAGCCCGGGCCCCCCCUCAGCAGGACACCCCAUCCCAACCCAGGGACCUGGAGGGUACCCUCAGGAUAACAUGCAUCAGAUGCACAAGCCCAUGGAGUCCAUGCAUGAGAAGGGCAUGUCGGAUGACCCCCGCUACAGCCAGAUGAAGGGCAUGGGGAUGCGGUCGGGCGGCCAUGCAGGGAUGGGGCCGCCGCCGAGCCCGAUGGACCAGCAUUCUCAAGGCUACCCCUCACCACUGGGCGGCUCCGAGCAUUCCUCCAGCCCCGUUCCAGCCAGUGGCCCAUCCUCAGGCCCACAGAUGUCAUCCGGGCCAGGAGGGGCCCCCCUGGAUGGUGCCGACCCCCAGGCCUUAGGGCAGCAGAACAGGGGCCCAACCCCAUUUAACCAGAACCAGCUGCACCAGCUCCGAGCUCAGAUCAUGGCAUACAAGAUGCUGGCCCGGGGGCAGCCCCUCCCUGAUCACCUGCAGAUGGCAGUGCAGGGCAAGCGACCCAUGCCCGGGAUGCAGCAGCAGAUGCCAACGCUACCUCCGCCCUCCGUGUCCGCCACAGGCCCCGGGCCUGGGCCUGGCCCUGGCCCCGCACCUCCAAAUUAUAGCAGGCCGCACGGUAUGGGAGGGCCCAACAUGCCUCCACCAGGACCCUCAGGUGUGCCCCCAGGGAUGCCGGGACAGCCUCCUGGAGGGCCUCCCAAGCCCUGGCCUGAAGGACCCAUGGCAAAUGCUGCUGCACCAACCAGCACACCUCAGAAGCUGAUCCCCCCGCAGCCAACAGGCCGCCCUUCACCCGCACCCCCAGCAGUUCCACCUGCUGCCUCACCGGUGAUGCCGCCACAGACGCAGUCGCCGGGGCAGCCAGCCCAGCCCGCCCCCAUGGUGCCACUGCACCAGAAGCAGAGCCGGAUCACCCCCAUCCAGAAGCCGAGGGGCCUCGACCCUGUGGAGAUCCUGCAGGAGCGCGAGUACAGGUUGCAGGCUCGAAUUGCACACCGAAUUCAGGAACUUGAAAACCUUCCCGGGUCCCUGGCCGGGGAUUUGCGAACCAAAGCGACCAUUGAACUCAAGGCCCUCAGGCUGCUGAACUUCCAGAGGCAGCUGCGGCAGGAGGUGGUGGUGUGCAUGAGGCGGGACACAGCCCUUGAGACAGCCCUCAAUGCCAAGGCCUACAAGCGCAGCAAGCGGCAGUCCCUGCGCGAGGCGCGCAUCACGGAGAAGCUGGAGAAGCAGCAGAAGAUUGAGCAGGAGCGCAAGCGCCGGCAGAAGCACCAGGAAUACCUCAACAGCAUUCUUCAACAUGCCAAGGAUUUCAAAGAGUAUCACCGCUCAGUCACGGGCAAGAUCCAGAAGCUUACAAAGGCAGUGGCAACGUACCAUGCCAACACAGAGCGGGAACAGAAGAAGGAGAAUGAGAGAAUUGAGAAGGAGCGAAUGCGGAGGCUCAUGGCUGAGGAUGAGGAAGGCUACCGCAAGCUCAUUGACCAGAAGAAGGACAAGCGCUUGGCCUACCUCCUGCAGCAGACGGACGAGUAUGUGGCGAACCUCACGGAGCUGGUGCGGCAGCACAAGGCCGCUCAGGUUGCCAAGGAGAAGAAGAAGAAAAAGAAAAAGAAGAAGGCAGAGAAUGGGGAAGGACAGACACCUGCAAUCGGGCCGGACGGCGAGCCUCUGGAUGAGACCAGCCAGAUGAGUGACCUGCCAGUGAAAGUGAUCCACGUGGAGAGCGGGAAGAUCCUCACGGGCACAGAUGCCCCCAAAGCAGGGCAGCUGGAGGCCUGGCUGGAAAUGAACCCUGGGUAUGAAGUAGCACCGCGAUCUGACAGUGAGGAGAGUGGCUCUGAAGAAGAGGAAGAGGAGGAGGAGGAGGAGCAGCCACAGCCUGCGCAGCCGCCCACCCUUCCUGUGGUGGAGGAGAAGAAGAAGAUUCCAGAUCCAGACAGCGAUGACGUCUCUGAGGUGGAUGCCCGGCACAUCAUUGAGAAUGCCAAGCAAGAUGUUGACGAUGAAUACGGCGUGUCCCAGGCCCUUGCUCGUGGCCUGCAGUCCUACUACGCUGUGGCCCAUGCUGUCACUGAGAGAGUGGAUAAGCAGUCAGCGCUGAUGGUCAACGGUGUCCUCAAGCAGUACCAGAUCAAAGGCCUGGAGUGGCUGGUGUCCUUGUACAACAACAACCUGAACGGCAUCCUGGCCGACGAGAUGGGGCUGGGCAAGACCAUCCAGACCAUCGCGCUCAUCACGUACCUCAUGGAGCACAAGCGGAUCAACGGGCCCUUCCUCAUCAUCGUGCCCCUCUCGACGCUAUCAAACUGGGCGUAUGAAUUUGACAAGUGGGCUCCCUCUGUGGUGAAGGUGUCCUACAAGAUCCGCUGGAAGUACAUGAUUGUUGACGAAGGCCACCGCAUGAAGAACCACCACUGCAAGCUGACCCAGGUCCUCAACACGCAUUACGUGGCCCCCCGCCGCCUGCUGCUGACGGGCACACCACUGCAGAACAAGCUCCCCGAGCUCUGGGCGUUGCUCAACUUCCUGCUGCCCACCAUCUUCAAGAGCUGCAGCACCUUCGAGCAGUGGUUCAACGCCCCCUUUGCCAUGACUGGAGAGAAGGUGGACCUGAAUGAAGAGGAGACCAUUCUGAUCAUCCGUCGUCUCCACAAAGUGCUGCGGCCCUUCCUCCUCCGGCGGCUCAAGAAGGAGGUGGAGGCCCAGUUGCCGGAAAAGGUGGAAUACGUCAUCAAGUGUGACAUGUCUGCGCUGCAGCGUGUCCUCUACCGGCACAUGCAGGCCAAAGGGGUGCUCCUGACUGACGGAUCUGAGAAAGAUAAGAAGGGCAAAGGGGGCACCAAGACCUUGAUGAACACCAUCAUGCAGCUGCGGAAGAUCUGCAACCACCCGUACAUGUUCCAGCACAUCGAGGAGUCCUUUUCCGAGCACUUGGGCUUUACUGGAGGCAUCGUCCAGGGGUUGGACCUAUACCGAGCCUCAGGGAAAUUUGAGCUUCUGGAUAGGAUUCUUCCCAAACUGCGGGCGACCAACCACAAGGUGCUGCUGUUCUGUCAGAUGACCUCCCUCAUGACCAUCAUGGAGGACUACUUUGCAUAUCGAGGUUUCAAGUACCUCCGGCUCGAUGGAACUACAAAGGCGGAGGACCGGGGCAUGCUACUAAAGACCUUCAAUGAGCCCGGCUCCGAGUACUUCAUCUUCCUGCUCAGCACCCGGGCCGGGGGGCUGGGCCUGAACCUCCAGUCAGCCGACACUGUGAUCAUUUUCGACAGUGACUGGAACCCCCACCAGGACCUGCAGGCACAGGACCGCGCGCACCGCAUCGGGCAGCAGAACGAGGUGCGCGUGCUCCGCCUUUGCACAGUCAACAGUGUGGAGGAGAAGAUCCUGGCCGCCGCCAAGUACAAGCUCAACGUGGACCAGAAGGUGAUCCAGGCCGGCAUGUUCGACCAGAAGUCCUCGAGCCAUGAGCGGCGGGCCUUCCUGCAGGCCAUCCUGGAGCACGAGGAGCAGGACGAGAGCAGACACUGCAGCACGGGCAGCGGCAGUGCCAGCUUCGCCCACACUGCCCCUCCGCCAGCGGGCGUCAACCCCGACCUGGAGGAGCCACCUCUAAAGGAAGAAGACGAAGUGCCCGAUGACGAAACCGUCAACCAAAUGAUUGCCCGGCACGAAGAGGAGUUUGACCUGUUUAUGCGCAUGGACCUGGACCGCAGGCGCGAGGAGGCCCGCAACCCUAAGCGGAAGCCGCGCCUGAUGGAGGAGGACGAGCUGCCCUCGUGGAUCAUCAAGGACGAUGCCGAGGUGGAGCGGCUGACCUGUGAGGAGGAGGAGGAGAAGAUGUUUGGCCGUGGCUCCCGCCACCGCAAGGAGGUGGACUACAGUGACUCUCUGACGGAGAAGCAGUGGCUCAAGACCCUGAAGGCCAUCGAGGAGGGCACGCUGGAGGAGAUUGAAGAGGAGGUCCGGCAGAAGAAAUCGUCGCGAAAACGCAAAAGGGACAGUGACGCCGGCUCCUCCACACCGACCACCAGCACCCGCAGCCGAGACAAGGAUGACGAGAGCAAGAAGCAGAAGAAGCGCGGACGACCUCCCGCCGAGAAGCUCUCCCCGAACCCUCCCAACCUCACUAAGAAGAUGAAGAAGAUCGUGGAUGCCGUGAUCAAGUACAAGGACAGUAGCAGUGGACGUCAACUCAGCGAGGUGUUCAUCCAGCUGCCCUCGAGGAAGGAGCUGCCCGAGUACUACGAGCUCAUUCGCAAGCCCGUGGACUUCAAGAAGAUCAAGGAGCGCAUCCGCAACCACAAGUACCGCAGCCUCAACGACCUGGAGAAGGAUGUCAUGCUGCUGUGUCAGAACGCGCAGACCUUCAACCUGGAGGGCUCGCUGAUCUACGAGGACUCCAUCGUCCUGCAGUCGGUCUUCACCAGCGUGCGGCAGAAGAUCGAGAAGGAGGACGACAGCGAGGGCGAGGAGAGCGAGGAGGAGGAGGAGGGCGAGGAGGAAGGCUCAGAGUCCGAGUCCCGCUCCGUCAAGGUGAAAAUCAAGCUCGGCCGCAAGGAGAAGGCCCAGGACCGCCUAAAGGGGAGCCGGCGGCGGCCGAGCCGGGGGUCCCGGGCCAAGCCGGUUGUGAGCGAUGACGACAGUGAGGAGGAGCAGGAGGAGGACCGCUCAGGAAGUGGCAGCGAGGAAGACUGAGUGCCGACAUCCGCCGCCGUCUCGAGCCCCUGGCGUGGUGCCGAGGCGGGGUAGCCCUUAGCAGUACCUGGUAGCAGCAGACGUAGUUUCAGGCGCGGGUAAGAAGAUGCUGGCUGUGUGCCUGACGGAUCCGGCACCAGCAGCCUUGUUGCAGCAGUGACUGCUUUAAACGAAGACGAAACCCGGCACCCUGGCCGGGGAGCACGCGGCGCCGUUCCCCUUUCCUCCCUGGCAGUGCCGUUGCCGCCGCCGCCGCCGCAGUUGGAAUCACUGUAGUGUCAGCCGUGGAUGCAUGUGUGUAGCCGUCCACUCCUCGUACUGUACUCGCCGGACAGGGCAGACGCCGGGCGAGCAGGCCCGGCGGCCUGUGUCAGUGUCACUGGAUGUCCAACAGUAAUAAAUUAAACCGACGACAGACUCACA